CACGUCAUUCAUAAAGUGGUUCGAUGGUGACUCCACAUGGAGGUGUCCUGCUUCUCUUGUCUGCAGCUCUGAGGCUGUGACGUCACACGCCUCCUCCCUUUAGAGGGCUCAAAGCUGCUGCAGCACCUCAUCAUCAGCACUAGAUGGUAUCAACAGAGAACAGGAGCGUUUGUCUCCUCGUAGAUAACGGAGAUGUUUGGUGGUUUAAAAUGCAGCAGUGGAGCAUGUGUCAGUUCACCAGAGCUGAAGUGAGUUAUUUGCUAAUAAUGAAGCAGCGUUACAUUUAAGUCCAUCAUACAAUCUUCAUUUCCUGUAACUUAAAUUAAAACCAUGAGGUCAAAUUCUAUGGGCACACGCAUGAGUGGGGAGGAUGCUGGUCUCGUCCGUUUGUCUCCCUGCGCUGUAAAACUGGAAGCACUUGACGUGUGCAGUUAAGACCUGAGCGAUGUUCCGCCUCCCUCCUCAGAACUGCCAUGUUCGUAGCACGUUAUGUAACCAAAGCUGCAGUGACAGUGGAGCAGGCACAGCUGAUCAACAUGUGCUGAUUCCAGUUAUGAAUUGUAAGAAACGUUAGUUAUAUCCUGGUCAUACUGAUAGUUCUCCUUUCUACUUCACCAAAUGUACCGAAUAACACAAAAUGGCAGGAACCACGUUUUGGUGAACUCACAUCGCUCAGUUGUGGAUAUGAGCGUGUUUUUGCGUGUUCUCCUGAAAACGCUGUGGUGACGUGGUGGCAAGAGUCACACACGACGCCUGUGUGAGAGCUUGUAUGAGUGAGCGCAGGUUCAGUGCCAUUUAAUCCCAGAACUCUGCACAUCUGUGUGUGUCCCGCUCACGUGUGCGGACAGAUGCGCCGCACAGCUGGAGUCCCACUGCACGAACCUCCCUCUCAUUUACAUUGAGCCUCAUUCGCCACUAGCUCGUAUUACUUCAAAUAUCACUAGUGCUUGAAAACCUUGUUUAAUUCUGGACAAAGACUAUACAGCAACAUAUUGGAAUUUACUACUUAAUGAUGUGAAUUGGGAAAAAAAUGAAACGAUGUUGAUAAAAAAGAAGUGUCCAAUGUGAUAAUUAAUACCAUCAUACGAACCCUUCUGUAGUUUAAUCUGCUGCGGUUCACAACACAGACUGAACAAGUGACGUGAACACUUGAUCCCAACUUUUUGUUAGUGGCAUAACUGAGGAUGAGGAUUUUCAGCCGAGUCUUAAGAGAAUAUUACUCAUUUCAUGUGGCUGAUGAUUUUUCGCACACUCUAGUCAUUGCAAACGUUCGCUCCGCGUUCAUUGAGAAAAGCGGCUCCUGCUCGGGUUCGACUGCUGCGGCUUUAACCCACGCUCGCUAAGCUCCUCCCACGGAGUCCUGUCAACUCAGAAAAGCUGCCAUGUAUCGGAAUGGUGAAACGAGCGUGUGCGUGGAGACCCUGAGUCCGGUGGCGUGAACCCGUCACGCUUCCACCGGACCCUGCUCCUGUCGACGCUAAAGUCCCACUCGGGCUGAUGGAACCCGUGGAGAGAACCAGGAGGAGAUCCGUCCGCCGACGCGCCAGCUCCUAACUCCUGCGUCCUGCUCUUCGCUCGAGGCUGUAAUGUAGUUGUAGCAUCACCAUGGAUCACGUACUAAAGCGUUGCGCUCGCUCGUAGUAUGAUAUUCGCCCGAUAUGUCUCGCGUGACGCCGAGUAAAAGCGUGGAAUGGCUGCAGCUGGAGCUGGAGUCCGGAGGCGCGUCGCUGCUGCUGCUCGACUGUCGCUCCCACGAGCUGUACGAGUCGUCCCACAUCGAGAGCGCCAUGAACGUGGCGAUACCCGGCCUGAUGCUGCGCAGGUUCCGGAAGGGCAACAUCCCCGUGCGGACCAUCAUCCCCAGCCACGAGGACAAGGAGAAGUUCCUGCGGCGCUGCAAGUCGGACACGGUGGUCGUGUACGACGAGUGCACGGCGGAGUGGACGGAGAGCGGAGCCCCGGCGUCGGUUCUGGCUCUGCUGCUCCAGAAGCUGUGGGAGGACGGGUGUAAGGCGUUCUACUUGGAAGGCGGCUUCGUGAAGUUCCACACAGAGUUCCCCGAGCACUGCGAGACCCUCCUGGACAGCUCGUGCCCCAGCUCGUCGCCGCCGCUGCCCGUCCUGGGGUUCGAGCUUAGGAUCAGCUCGGACUGUUCGGACGGGGAGUCGGACCGGGAGCCCACCAGCGCCACGGAGUCCGAGGAGAGCCCCGCUCCCAGCAACCAGCUGGCGUUCCCUGUCCAGAUCCUGCCCUACCUGUACCUGGGCUGCGCCAAAGACUCCACCAACCUGGACGUUCUGGGCCAGUACAACAUCAAGUACAUCCUGAACGUCACCCCGAACCUGCCCAACAUGUUUGAGCACGACGGACACUUCCGCUACAAGCAGAUCCCCAUUUCUGACCACUGGAGCCAGAACCUGUCCCAGUUCUUCCCAGAGGCCAUUUCGUUUAUAGACGAGGCCCGGUCCAAACAGUGCGGCAUCCUGGUCCACUGCCUGGCCGGCAUCAGCCGCUCGGUCACGGUCACCGUUGCCUACCUGAUGCAGAGACUCAACCUGUCCCUCAACGACGCCUACGACUUUGUCAAGAGGAAGAAGUCCAACAUUUCCCCCAACUUCAACUUCAUGGGGCAGCUCCUGGACUUCGAGAGGACUCUGGGGCUGCACAGUCCCUGCGACAACCGCUCCACCAGCGCGGAGCAGCUCUUCUUCACCACACCAACCAAUCACAACGUUUUCCAGCUGGACACGCUGGAGUCCACAUGAGCCUCGGAGGACUCGGUUUCCUGCUCCUCGAGGUCUCAGCGCUGACGCCAGCGGCAGUAUUCAACACCAAAGGGACACAUUUGUAGGAGCGAGCGCGCUGCACUAGAGCUCAGUGCCUUAUUGUAGCUGAGGAUGAGGGUGGUGGUGUCACAGCCAUAGCAGCAGGUCAUGAGGUCAUAACUGCGGUGUUGGACUUGUUCACCAACUGUUGUCUCACAGGCGUUAAGGUCCUUAUCUGAAAAUAAGCUUCCACAGCCAUCCAGCCUUGAAUGAUCGUCCACUUCUGUAACUUAUGGAGAGACCACUGAAGUCAGACCUCAUAAUGUGGUAAAGACCCGUUGUUGGGAAGGUGGGCUCCCACUGCAAUACGUAACUCUUUACGUAUUGUUGCUUAUGACUGCAUUAUUUGCAUGCGAGUACGUUUUCUGUACAGAUAACCAUGGUUUGUAUCCUCUAAGUAACACAGUCUGUAGCCAACAUUAAUGAACUGCCAGGUACCCAGUUGAGGUAUAUUACAGGGUCUGGACAAAAGAAACUGAUUUCCUGAUUAAUCGUAGCUAAUACGUAUUGGUUCAGAAAAACCCACAUUUGAGCUUUGCUUUUUUUGGAAGCUCCCUGUGUGAAGGGCUUGACUCACGGCUGCAGUUUAUGUGGAGGCAGCUGUAGAUCCAUCACAUGGACACUGAGGUGAACAGUGUGUGUUUCUACUUUGACUGACCGCAUUAGUCUUGGAUGAACAAUCAGGAUGAGGAGAUGUGCUUUGAACACAGACCUAACCAUACUUUGAUAUUUUAGUCAUUUAUUAAGGAAAAUAAAUCCUUUGUCCAAAGUUCAGAUGAUUCUGUGCACUUUAAACAGGUUAUUCAAGGAAACAACAGUGUUGAAUAUAGAAAGCAUUUCUGUUCCCGUGAUCGAUUCUGUGAAGCGCUUCACACAACUUCAUGAAUCCAAAGUGAAACGAAUCAGGAAAUCAGUCCCUGUCCUGCUCUGCCCUGUUGUCAUGUACUGAGUCAAACGUUCGCUUUUUACUCUGACCGUCUUCAGUCUGCAGCUACUCCCACAGCAAAGUUAAGGGAAACGUCGUCUCUGUUGCCCGUCCCAGAACAAAUGAUGGCGUGUUUGAUUGUGUUCUUACCUCACGGAGACAUUUUCAGGGAUUUUCUACCAGGUGUCUGUGUCUUGGCCUCUUCCAGGGCAUCUAAGGGCUGUACAUGUGGGUGUCAUGGGAACAUUUUAUAAAAUCAUGAAGUAUGCGAAAGUGACCCUGUUUUGAUGCUUAAUGUAAAGUGUAUGUAAAACUAAAUGUCCAAGACAUUCUGAACAAGUUUGUACAACAAAUAUAUUGUAUAUUUUUACUUGA